AUGGACCGCUCACCACUACGAGCUCCCCGCGGCGGCAGUCGUCGUGGCUGGGACAGAGACCGCGACCGCGAAGACCGUUACGGGAGAGACUACCGAAAGCGUAGCCGCACUAGAAGUCCUGACCGACGAUACACCGCAAGGAGAAGGAGUCGAAGCCCCGAUAGAGGUACUAUUACUGCUACCCGCCUUCCCCACGCUCACCUCCUCGCUGACAACUUACAGGCGACUACCGCCGGGACAGAGACAGAGAUAGGGAGAGGGAUAGAGACAGAGAUAGAGGCGGAGACAGAGGCCGCGGCGGCCGACCUCGGGAUAACGACAGGAGAGUCCGCUCUCCCGAACGCCGCCGUCGAAGCCGUUCCCCGCGCGGCAAACGCUCUUUACCAAUUCGGGAUCGCACCCGCUCGCGUUCCCCCCCCCCUGCUACCGCCACCACAAAGCUGGAUACUAAAGACUCCGAACGCACCGCCCCGGCAACCUCGGGGCGUAGUGCUGAGAGGAGUGCCAGUGCAGACGGGGAUGCUACUGCCCCGGCGGUGGUGGCAGCGGGUGGGGACGGCGACGAGAUGGAAGGGGUCGUGGAUGACGAGGAGGCGCAGAUGCAAGCUUUGAUGGGAUUCGGUGGCUUCGGGACCACCAAACAGAAGAAGGUUCGCGGGAAUGAUGUUGGGGGCGUGUAUAAGAAUAAGCCGACAAAGUAUCGGCAGUACAUGUAUGCUUUGUUUGCCCCUUUUUAAUUUUAUGUUUUUUUUUGUUGGUUUUUGAGUUUAGCGCUAACUUUGGUAUAGGAAUCGGCCUGGGGGAUUUAAUAGAGCGCUUUCGCCCUCUUGAUACACCACCGGCGAUAAGCUUUUGUGUCGAAGGCCAUUGGUCCGCGGACCUUCGUCUAUAAAACUAUCAUCGCCGGAGUUUCUGAACCUCAGCGAGGAAUCUUUCGGCAGCCCUCCGUCAUUACCAGCCCAGUAG